AUGUUCCACACCUUCCGAUCCCAUACCCGAGGACAAUCCUCAGAUUCCAGGGAGUCUUCCCCAACACCUAGAGCCUCAUCAGUCGACAUCACAGAUGUACAAAGUAUCGACCUCGGAGACGGACUUGUCUUCGCAACCCCAGGACCCUUCACUCCCCCAGGCAUCGCAGACCUCCCUUCCAUUGGAGGAAGAGAGAGAAGGACUAUGGAGGAGGGCGAAGAAAGCGAUGAUGGUCUCACAGAGUUCAAAAGGAUCCAGCUCCAAGACCUCCUCGAUGGUGUCCCAAUGGAAGAAGGGGAUGACCCCUAUUCCCGAAGUGAGUACCACACCGCCGAGGCAGACACAAGAGAGUACUUCCGUGGAGACGAUCUUGCAGAAGACAGUGGAGAGCUCGGCCUUGGGGCCUCCACCGCAACUACCACCGGUCCAGCUGCCGCAGACCCUUAUGAUGGAAGAAUUGCGCCAGGCGGCAGAAGAGAGUGGCAGGGGAUCCCUGUGGCAUGGUACCCCACAACAAGUUGGGUCUUCGCCCAGGAAGAAACUCCUGUGGCCAGAGUAUCAACCGAAGCUGCAGAGCCCAAGGACACCCCCAUCCUGUGGACUGUUGCCCUCCCUGCCGAGAUGGAGCAGUGUAUCUGGGACACCAUUGAGUCGUACAACCCGGAUGCUCACCCCAAUACUGAGACAGAUACCCCUGGAGGAAGUACCUCUGCCGACGAAUUCCCUGGAUUCCCUGCUUUCACCCCGUCAGUUGCACCAAGAGCAUUCGCUGCCCCCAUCCCCUUCAAUCAGCGACCGUGGACCAAUGAGUACCAUGUGCUCAUCGAGUCCAACUUCAACAUUCGAGCUGCCCAGCUCACCCCAGAAGGAGUGGCCAGAAUGGACAGAGCAAGAAUGGACAGCACACACACCAGAAAUGCUGAGCGCCAUGCCAUACGAGGUCUCAAAGACCUCCCCCUCAAACCAGAUGCCAUGGAUGAUGAGGCCCGUCGAAGAAUCAGAGCAGCCAAGCUUCAGUUCCACGAAGUCUUACGGAGAACCCAAGACAAUAAAGACAACAGCGAGAACACGGAGGACCAGGGUGGUCCACAAGAGCAAGUCGGCAGUGGAAUGCUGAAGAGACUGCCCAAUUCCGCAAUUGCCAACGAAGUAAUGAGGCAGGUGAAGGUGGUUCUCAUUAGAUCGGUACAAAUGGUGCCGGCUGUGCUCGUAUUUUUGGAGUGGGAGGCGCUGUACAAAAUCAUGGCAGAAGACAUGGUGCAGGACCCCCAGUGGCUUAUCACAGAAGCCAGAGAAGACUAUAUCGACGCAAGGCAUGUGGGCAAUAUUUAUCUAAUGAGAAACAUUCUCGAAGUCGACGCCUGGCAUAGAGUGGCGAUAGUAUGGAACAUAUGCAACCCGGAAGAUCUGUGCCCCAGGUGCACGGCAUAUCGAUGA